AUGAAGACCGUCGCGGAGCCGCGAGGGCAGCGGCCCGGGGUCGGGGUAGGCGUAGUGGUGACCAGCAGCCGGCAUCCUCCAUGCGUCCUCCUGGGCAAGAGGAAAGGGUCGUUUGGAGCCGGCAGUUUCCAGCUUCCUGGGGGUCAUCUGGAGUUCGGUGAGACCUGGGAAGAAUGCGCUCAGAGGGAAACCUGGGAAGAAGCCGCCCUUCACCUGAACAAUGUUCGCUUUGCCUCAGUCGUGAACUCUUUCGUUGAAAAAGAGAAUUACCAUUAUGUGACUAUACUGAUGAAAGGAGAGGUGGACGUGACUCGGGAUUCAGAACCAAAGAAUGUAGAACCUGAAAAGAAUGAAAGCUGGCAGUGGGUUCCUUGGGAAGAAUUUUCUCCACCAGAUCAGCUUUUCUGGGCACUGCGCUGUUUAAAGGAACAAGGCUAUGAUCCAUUCAAAGAAGAUUUGGACCAUCUGGUAGGAUACAAAGGAAAUCAUCUCUAAGCGACAAGAAGAGUUCCUGAGGUUUUUUUCCUUAAAAAGACAAAAAUAAUAUCUGUUAGGGGAUGAAAAAAU